AUGUCAAAAAAAGUUUAUUUAAAUCUAUGCUUUUAUUUAAUAGAACAAUUACGUCCUUCUCGGAUUAUUGAUAGCAAUACUACAUGGGUAAAGGCUGGUACUACUAUUGCCGGAUUACUACCAUCUGGACCUGGAUUACAGCAACUGGAUCGUCCUUAUGGUAUCUAUAUUGAUAAUACAGAUCAGAGUAUUUAUAUUGCUGAUUAUGGAAAUCAUCGUAUUGUUAGAUGGAAAGCUGGUGCCACGAGCGGUGUAAUCGUUGCAGGCAAUAAUGACUUCAGAAACCAAAUGGAGCAAUUACAUCAUCCAACAGAUGUGCUACUUGAUAAAGACAGGAAUUUUCUGAUCAUCUGUGAUUCUGCCUACGAGCGAGUAGUUCGAUGGUCUCGUCGGGAUAAUCAAAUUCAAAAAACGCUGAUUUCUAAAAUUGGCUGUUUUUCUCUAGUAAUGGAUAAUAAUGGAGAUCUUUAUGUUUCUGAUAUAAAAAACCAUGAAGUAAGAAGAUGGAAACAAGGAGAGGCGGACGGAAAAAUAGUAGCAGGUAGAAAGGGAAAAGGAAAACAAGCCGAUCAACUCAAUACUCCCUAUUCUAUUUUCGUCGAUCAAGACUAUUCAGUUUAUGUGGCAGAUUUUUUAAAUUCCCGCGUGAUGAAAUGGAUGAAAGAUGCGGACAAUGGAACUAUUGUUGCUUGUGGGCCCCAUCAAACUAAUAGUGAUAAUCGACGGUAUCGCCCUUGGGGCGUAGUUGUUGAUCAUGAAGGGAAUAUUUACGUGUCGGAUACAGAAUUUAAUGUAAUAACGCGUUGGUUGUCUGGUGUAACAAAAGCUAGUAUUGUUGUUGGCGGAAAUCGAGGAACGGGAGCUACUGAAUUAAGUGUUCCUACUUACUUUUCAUUUGAUCUACAAGGUAAUCUCUAUAUUUCUGAUAGGGGCAAUCAUCGAAUACAAAGAUUUGCUGUUAAUCCUAAUUAA